AUGACUGACUCCAAAGUGCGCAAAGAUGUUCGCAAGCUCUCUGACGAAGAGCGCGACACUGUUAUCCGUGCCUUCAAACAUAUCAUGGAACUACCACCAGAUGACGAGAAUUCGUAUUUCACUAUUGCCGGAUACCAUGGCUUACCUGAGCCUCAAUAUUGUUAUCACGGUGUCGUCCUCUUCCCAACCUGGCAUCGUGCCUAUCUCCUUCGACUAGAAGAAUCUUUACGAACUGCACCUGGCUGUAAAAACCUGGCUCUUCCAUACUGGGACGAGGCUUCUAAUCAGACGAAAGAAGAGGGCAUUCCUCGUUUGUUUACCGACAGAGAGUACACAUUUCAAGACGGAUCAUCAAUUCCAAACCCUCUCUGCUCGUACAAACUCCAGAAAGCCAUCGUGGAUAUAGACGACAAGAAGACUAGCAAAGACACCAAGCCGGAAGGAUAUCAGACAGUCCGGUACCCAUACUCCGGUUUGGUCAGUGACAAAUUUGCGGACAGGACCAAAAUUCACAACACUGCCUUGGAAGGAAAGACGCCGGACGAGGUGACAAAUAUUCUCAAUCAGAAUGUUAUUCGAUGGUUACAUGAACAAAAAUUCCAGACCCAUAACGAGAAAUGGAUUUCAGCUGGUGAAAAGGACAAUUACGUCAAUUGUCUCGAAGCACCCAAUUACACAGUAUUUUCGAAUGCAACGUCGGCUGACAGAUACAACGAGGAGAACAGGGGAAAACCAACAGUUGCUCCUGUCAUUCCUAUCGAGCAGCCACAUAACGCUGUUCACCUUGCUGUCGGGGGAUUUGAUGUUCCUGGCGACAAGAACCACAACGUUUAUGCUUUUGCGAACGGGGACAUGGGAGAGAAUGAUACGGCGGCUUUUGACCCUCUCUUUUUCUUUCAUCAUUGUUUCAUUGAUUACAUAUUCUGGAAGUGGCAAAGACGGCACAAUAAGACAGAAACUCUCGACAUAAUGAAGGGUUAUCCCGGGACUCAACUUAUAAAACGCGGCAAGGCAAUUGCGAAUUUCACUAUGGACUAUCCGCUUGCUCCGUUCAAGAUAAAGGAUCAAACUACUGGACAGGAGCGAGAUAUGACUUCAAAUGAUGUGAUAAAUAUUUCGAAACUAGAGUAUACCUAUGCAGAUCCGGGAGCGCCUCACAUAAAUCUCGUGGGCUCGACCCAAAGAUUUGUAGAUGCACCAAAGUUAAAGAUCAGCGGGAUCAAUCGCGCCAAGAUCUCUGGUUCUUUCGUCGUGUCCGUCUGGGCCAAGACUGGGGAGGGCAUGCCAGACCGUCUUCUCGAGACCAAACCAAUUCUCAGUCGAUGGAAUGUUGAGAAAUGUGGGAAUUGCCAGAGUCAUUUGGAAGUCAAGUUUAUUGUUCAUCUGAAUGACUUUGAUCACGAGGAGGCUCUUUACACUGAGUUUUAUGCCAAGGUACACACAAGAGAAAAGCCUGAAGGGGAAGGACAGGUCGCUGGGAAGGACAUUGCGAUUACAUUGAAUGCUUAUGUAGAGAUUGCUUGA